CGGGGAAAGGCCGUCGUUGGGUUUCUGUUGAUUUUGAAAGUUACACAAGCAAGAGAGAUGAGGUUUUACAACAAGGACGGUUUCACAACUGUACACAAGGCUUCAUGCGGACGUUCUUCUCUUACGUCCGCCGGUUAACGUUACACCUGUGGCAACAGAGCUUUCUUUGAAGGGAUUAGAACAGCAAAACAAAUAUCACAAACAGUCAAUCUGGAAAUCAUUUGACAGACUCGUACACGCCUUCUCUCUUUCGUGAAAGAAACACGCUUUCUUCGCGUUUCAUAAGCCUCUCUGAGUAAUGUGGCCUGAAAUGAUUGCGGGCAUACCGGUCUACUAACGUGAUUGUCUCGGUCGUCGUAAAUAAGUAGCCCACAGCCCUCUAGGCUCCGGUGCGUUCAUACCGCUUAUAUCGGGGACAAGAAGCGUGACCAGUGUGGUCUUCUUUUAUUUCAGCCAUGGAGUUGAGUUCAGUGAUCUUAACCACCGGGUGCUCCGUCGGAUUUUUCAAACUUGUCAACGUUGUGAUCAAAAAACUGCCCAUGCCUGAAUCUGCCUACAGGAAUGCAUGGAAAUGGAGAAAUAUAUCGACAUCAUUCAUGCACAGUUUUAUCACUGCGAUAUGGGCAGUGCUUUGCUUCUUCCUUCACCCACAGAUGGCUGAAGAUUUGAUAGAAACUCACUCUGUGUUCUCACACGCUUUGGUGUCUUUUUCGAUCGGUUACUUCAUCAAUGACUUCCUCGAUAUGGUGGUGUACCAGAAGCUGAGUCAGUCCUGGGAGCUUCUCUUUCAUCACAUUGUGGUAGUCACGUGUUUUGGCCUCUCUGCGCUGACUUGCCGCUAUGUGGGUUUUGCUGUGGUGGCUCUGCUGGUAGAGAUAAACUCAGUGUUCCUCCACCUCAGGCAAAUGCUGCGAAUGGCCAGCAAUGCCACUGGCACGCUGUACCGGAUCAACAGCAUCAUCAACCUGGGCACAUACGUGGUGUUCCGCAUCAACACGCUGGCCUGGAUGACCCGCUGGCUGGUGCUCAACAGGGACAAUGUGCCCCUCCUGACCUACACACUGGGCAGCGUGGGUAUGGCCAUCAUGACAACCAUGAAUAUCAUCCUGUUUUGUCGCCUACUCAGGAGUGACUUUUUGAAGAGCAGCACUCGGGAGAGCAAGAAAGAGAAGGAGAUAUAGAAACUCAUUACUGUAUGUUAACGACCUGUGGUUGAGAUUUGGUACCGUUUUGCUUGUGUGUAAUAUACUCAAAGCUGGGAAAUGAAGGGAUCUUUUUAUCUCUCAUACUGUACAGGUACAUGAACACAAGUUGUAAUCAACUAGCCUUACAUCAAAAAAGAGAACACACACACAGGCAUUAUGCCACAUUGUGCUGUGGUUUUAACUUUAGGCUUGUGUACAGUACAUGUGUGUGAUUCCAUCAUCUUAAAGUGCCAAUAGUGGCUCACUAGUAGAUGGAGGAUUUCUCUUAAGAACAAUGGAAGGCCUUGUAAAAUAACACCAAACGCCUUAUUUCCCACAGGGUGUUUCAGCUAAAUCGGUUCUAAAUGUAGCUAACGGCAAGUGAAGACGCACUGUUUGUAUAACCUCCAACACAUACAUACAUUUAUACAUAUUUACAUAGGAAACAUGUAAAAAAUAUCUUAAGAAUAACCUUUUAUUUAUAUAUAUUAUACCAUUGUGGGUUAUAUAAAAUCUCACGUAACGGAAUCCAAUCCCUCUACCGCUGCAGAGGUGAUUUAUAUCUUGUUUUUCCUAACAAAUCUCAGCUAAAAAUUGCGUGCUACCUCAAAAGGGUUGUAUCAAUUCUUUGCCUCAAUCUUACACAAGCUUCGCUGUCAUGGUUUGGCAAGUCCUUUUGUUACUAGAAAAGAAAAAUGUUAAAAUGUUAUGUUAAAAAUUAUAUUUUUUUCUGAGAGGAAAUGCAGCACAUACCAAUCCUUUCUGAAGAAAAGAAUAGGGUGAUGGGUGAACACUUUGACAUGUGGAUACAAAAAGAUCAGAUUUGAUUUAGUAGAUUAUGGCCAUUUUACGCAAUGCUAAAUUGUAAUAAAAUAUCUUGGGAAAAUAAUUUUAAAUCAUAACCCAAACCGUCCUAACAGGCUUUACAGUCAUUGUAAAUAUAAUCCUUAAAUCAGCUUGUCCCCCUCCGAUCUGAUUGGGAAAUAGCACUGGUUGUUGAGACGGUAAAUCCAGGAGGAACAACAGAAUCAAAAGCUUAUUAAUGAAUUGCAAGCCAUCACCAGUGGCAUCAGUGGCCAGCAGUCAUCGACAGAGGUUGUCAGCUGGCUGCUGUAUUUGUCAGAAACUCAAAACUUGUGAAAUAACAAAACAAGCUAAUUGACGUUGAUGUGGCUGCGGUACAAACUGGCAUUCAUGUUUCCUUUCUGUGGUCCGUGAUGGUUUAUAGUUUGCACUAGGAGCUGAAGAAGUUGUUAUUCUUCAUUUGGCCUAUGGAGGACAGCACACUCCUCAACAUCACCUCAGUGAUCUCAACACAGACUAGAACACCAGAGAUGGCUUUAUUUCCUAACAUCUAUGUAGAUCUCUGCUUUUUGUAAUUUUCACCAGGAGAUACAGAGAAACAAAAGGUCUGAGAUCUGUGAAUACAGCCAACUGUUAUACACCCGGCUGCUCCGAGACCGACUACUUUGACCACUCUCCUCAAAGCAUUACUGUCCUUAUGGCCAUAAUUGGUGCUAUCAAUGUUUGUUGAGUUGUUGCGUUUUUUGUGUAUAAUCAGUCCUCUUGGGAUAAAAUUGUGUAGAUUUGUAUUUUAUUUGUACUACAAAGAAAUUGUAGAUUAUAGAUAAAAUGAACACAAUGUUCAGUGAAUGUCCCUGUUGUUAAAUACACGUGUAUAGUGAAGCUGAUAUAAUUGCGUAUGUAGUGGUCUUAUAUUUACAUCACUGAAUGUCAUUUGGGAAGCUCAUAGUCCUCUCAGCUUGAAAGAGCUUAAGCCCCUUGAUCGUGGCUGUCGAAGCACAUUACAAACACGGAGCAGACGAGAACAUACUGUUCUGAAACAUAAGACACAAAUUGUGCAAACUGAAGCUAACUUAAAACCAAGACAUCGCUGCACUAAAGAAACGCCCCUGUUUGGGAGGAAGACUGUUAAAUUUUGUUGUAUUGUGGCCGUGGCUGAUUCCCCAAUUUUAGGAUCAAUUGUAACUUGUUCUUUGAAUUUUUAUUGUGAAUGUAGAUUUGCUUCUUUUUUCGCCAAUUUUAAAUUUGUUUUUAGUGCAUCUUGACUUUGUGGUUAUAGUGAUGACAAUUGAAAUUCUUUCUAACAAGGAUGUAAUGUUAUUGGAAUUAUACAUUAUGUUGCUGUGUCCUGCUCUUUUUGCUAUCUAUAUGCUUCAAACUAUGAUUGUCCGGAGGCCAAAGGGUUAUUCUAUAUUUGUGGGUAGUGGACACAAGGAAAGCUGAAAAGCUGAAAGUGGCAACCUUUUAUGAAGUGAAGUUGCCACACUGCCUCAUAUUUUUUUCAACAGAGACAGUCUCACAGAAUGAGAAAAUAUCAGCUCCUUUAUCACAACCAACACAUACUGUAAUAUCAGUUUUACAUCCUUGCCUGUUCAUUUAUAAGGUUUCUUUUUUUGUGGGGGUUGGUGAAAUAUUGUCUAUUAACCAUGAAAAAAAUCAAAUUCCAAACAACAGUGAAGACUACUGACCCUGCAGUAUGUCAAAGACUCCAAAACGCUUUAUCUUCCUCGGCUUUCCCAGAGUAUCAAACUGUCACAUUUCACAGAAUUAUGCCUUCAAGUGUAAAUAUAAGUUUAAUUUUUUCAUGUUUUGACAGAUUGUUUUGUAAUCAGAACUCCAUUUUAUGUUUAUAUAUUAACAGCAUUUGCUUAAUGUGAAAAUAAAGAUAAAAAGAACAA